AUGAUAAUUAAUUUUAAACAAACUCAGAGAAAAAUAAAUUCUUUUAAUGGUAGUGAAUCACAUGAAUUAUUGGCCGAAGGAGUCGUGGCAUCCAAUUAUACUUUCGAUAAAAAUUUAAACAUGAAAAAAAUUAAUAAGUAUCUCGAUGCAAGAGUUUUCCUAACUGGAUGGAGUUUAUAUUUGGGCUGGGGAGGUACUGGAAUGUGCCUGCUAGUAAGUAUGUUAUGGAUAAUAUUAUCGAAAAUAAUGAGAUACAAUUCUUUUAAUAUGUUGUUUAUAACAUAG